CUGAGGAAAGACAUUUUGCAGCUUCACGGCGAACCGCAAACUAUUCUCAGACUAGGAGUUGAAUUUGUGGGCAGAGAUGGAAAUGUUGAACAGAUUCCGCACGAAGAGGCGGUGGUAGGAGAAGAGCCUCUCGAAACAGAGCAGCAACAGCAUCAGGGAGAAGUACUUGAGGCCUUUGGACCGCUUGAGGAAGGCACCAUUAGUCUCUGGGAUGGCUCGGCUGGCGGUACAGCACCCGAGCAACAGGAGAACGCAAUGGAGCCGUCGACUGUGGAUACGACGCAUGCAGGAUGA